UGAUAAACGUAGUUAUGGUCUCUCGCCUAUAAAUAUAUGUCUCUCUGCCAUCUCAUUUCCUAAAAGAACACCCAAAAUAUUUCUUAUCAUUCCUUCUGAAUCUGAUUUCUAAAACCACCUAGAGCAAAUAUGGAGCGGGUGUUACUCUUACUCAUUUGCUUGCUCUUGCUUUCUCAACCUAAUAAUUGUUCCUCUUCUCUCUCUUUUAAUUCAUCAACGCCUCUUUGCCAUUCACACCAAUCCUCUGCUUUGCUCAAUUUCAGAAACUCUUUUUCUAUCGGUGUUUCUCUUUGUGACGAUUCUUAUUAUCCUCCGAAGAAUUCGUGGAAAAUGGGUACAGAUUGUUGUGGGUGGGAUGGGGUCACCUGUGAUACGAUGACAGGUCAUGUCAUUGGUCUCGACCUCACUUGUAGUCGGCUUGAAGGUCCCAUCCAUCCCAAUACCACCCUUUUCUCUCUUCGCCAUCUCCAGCGGCUCAACCUUGCUUACAACUAUUUCAAUCGCUUCGCAAUUUCAUCUAAGUUUGGUGGCUUUGCGAACAUGACGCAUCUCAACCUCACUGAGUCCUCCUUUGCUGGUAAUGUCCCUUCCGAAAUCUCCCACUUAUCCAAAUUGGUUUCACUUGAUCUCUCUUGGAAUUAUGGCAUGAGAAUAGAAACGCCUAGUUUGAAAAGGCUUGUUCAAAACCUAACCCAUCUAACUGAACUUUUUUUGGAUGAGGUUAACAUGUCUUUUGUUUCACCUAAUUCUUUCAUGAAUUUGUCUUCCUCUUUGACAUCUCUUAGUCUUUAUGAUUGUGGAUUGAAAGGGAGAUUCCCAGAUAAUAUAUUCCACCUUCCAAACCUCCAGCUGCUUGAUGUAGGUUACAACUACAAUCUCACCGGUUCCCUUCCAACGUAUAACUGGAGUACUCCUCUCAAGUCCUUGUAUCUCUCUGGAACCGAAUUCCCAAUCGACUUACCUAAUUUAAUCAGCAAUCUCAAGUCCUUAAAAGAAUUGUACCUCAGAGGAUGCAAUUUAAUAGGAUCAUAUCCAACAUUUCUUCCUAAUCGCACACAAAUCACUUUUUUGGACCUCUCAUAUGGUAACUUUGGUGGUCAGUUUCCAUGGUCCCUCCUAAACUUUGAAGUUCUUACUUACUUAGAUCUCUCAUACAACAAUUUCAUAGGGCAGCUUCCGACAAACUUGACCCAAAUUUUCUCUUCAAAUAAUUCUUCUAAUAGUCAACUAGUCAACAAGACUCCUUCCAAUCUAGAAUUUCUCAUCUUAUCUGGUAACUUAUUGAAUGGGACAAUACCAUCUUGGGUGUAUAAAAUACCAUCUUUGCGUUACUUAAAUCUUGGUUAUAACCAAUUCACUGGGCAUAUUGGCGAUUUCCAGCAUAACUCAUUGGAUGAUCUUCGGUUGAAUAAUAACAACCUAAGUGGUCCCCUUCCAUUGUCAAUCUCUAAAUUGGUGAGCCUUCGUUCUCUAGGUGUCUCCUUCAAUAAUUUAAGUGGCAAUGUGGAGUCAAAAAUAUUCUUUAAGCUCGAAAAUCUUGAAUACCUUGCAAUGUCAAAUAAUCCUCUCCUGUCACCAAGCUCCUUCACCUUUGCCACCAAUAUCUUACCCAAAAUUGUUUCAUUAGAGUUGUCUUAUUCCAACAUAACUGAAAUUCCACACUUUUUACAAACUGCAGAAUAUAUUGAAACCUUAGACCUUUCCAAAAACAAAAUCAAAGGCAAUAUUCCAAAGUGGUUUUUGGAGGUGGGGAAGGAUUCAUUGUCUUACUUGAAUCUUUCAUACAACUCAUUGACAAGUGUAGGACACCUUCCAUGGAAGAACGUGGCAUUUCUUGAUUUUCGUUCUAACCUGCUUCAAGGACCACUUCCAGUACCUCCACUAGGCAUAUAUUUCUUUUCAGUCUCUAGGAAUAAUAUAACUGGACAAAUCUCUUCCUCAUUUUGCAAUCUUAGUUCUAUUGAGUACCUUGAUUUGUCUUAUAAUCACUUGAGUAACAUGAUUCCUCCAUGUUUUCGAAACUUUAGUGACAAUCUCAUAGAUCUGGAUUUACAAAAUAACAGUCUUAAUGGCACCCUCCCAAUGAAAUUUGCAAAGGGAUGUCGCUUGAGAAGUCUUAAACUCAAUGGCAACCAUUUUGAAGGGUCAUUGCCACAAUCAUUGGUCUGUUGUAGAAAGUUGGAAGUUCUAGAUUUUGGUAACAACAAGAUUAAUAGCACUUUCCCUCUUUGGUUGGAAAUUCUUCCAGAGUUGCGGGUUCUUAUCUUGCGAUCAAACUACUUUCAUGGUGCCUUAGGCAAUCCUAAGACCAAAUUCCCAUUCCCAAAUUUGCGAAUCAUAGAUCUCUCUCAAAAUGAGUUCCAUGGGCAUUUGCCGACAAACCUUUUUAAGUAUUUAAAAGCCAUGAUGAAUGCGAGUGUGAACAAAGGUAAAUUGAAAUAUAUGGGUGAUGAUUAUUAUCAAGAUUCCGUGACAGUGGCAAUGAAAGGGUUUUUCAUUGAAUUGGUAAAAAUCCAAAGUCUAUUCAUAACCAUCGAUUUCUCCAACAACAAUUUCAAAGGAGAAAUUCCAAAGGCAAUUGGAGAGCUUCGGUCACUGAAGGGGCUUAAUUUUUCACACAAUAAUCUUUCAGGUCAUGUGCCUCCAUCAUUGGGAAAUUUAACCAAUCUUGAAUGGUUAGAUCUCUCCUCAAACAAGCUCACAGGUGAAAUUCCUAUACAAUUAGUAGAUAUAACAUCACUGGCAAUUUUAAACCUAUCAAAAAACUAUCUUUCUGGUCAGAUACCUCAAGGUAAACAGUUCAAUACAUUUACGAAUGAUUCUUUCAAUGGUAACCGGGGGUUAUGUGGAUUUCCAAUGACAAAAGCUUGUGGCAUUGACGAGGGACCACCACCACCAUCCACCAUUCAAGAAGAUGAUUUCAAAUUUGAAAAUGGGUUUCAUUGGAAAGUUGUAUUAUUGGGGUAUGGCUGUGGAUUUGUGUUUGGAUUGUUUUUGGGUUAUCUUGUGUUCUCAAGUGGAAAACCGAAAUGGCUAUUGAAUAUUGUUUUUGGAGAAUGACAUAACAAGAUACGAAGAUCCAUGAAGAAUGCUCAUGGAGAAACUCAUUGAAGAAGAAUCUGAUGGAUGCAAACACUGGUGUUAGGAAUGUAUGUACUUGUAUUGGAUUCUUGAUCAUCUGAAGGUGCACACAACAUUGGGAUGAUUGACUAUGAAUUCAUACAGAAACACUUCUCUAACUUCAAGGGGACCAGGCAGCUUGACCCAACUAUAGGAGAUGAGAAUGAGGUGCCAAGACAGUAAUAGGACCACAACUCAUUUUUCUUCUUCAUCCAUGGCAUCUUUGGAAUGAGUGUGUCUGCAGUGCGGAUGUCAUUUUUGCAGGCAUUGUCAUCCCAGAUGUCAUUUGGGGCAAGUUUGGACACUCACUACUAUCAGAGCUUGAAAAAAGGGGGGAUGACUCUUUUUGCCGAUCAGCAAUGGCUAAUUAGAAGACCAUGAGACUGGUAAGCCUUAUGCUUCAAAUGCCAGAUCAACCUUUUGAAUGGACUUUGCUUGGGCAAUGAUGAAGAUGUUAGGGCUUAAUGUUCUUACUCGAUCUCAAGGUCUGGUCUGACGGAACUGCUCCUUGCUUCUGGUUAGAAGUGCUGCUGAUGCCGUCAAAAGUGUCAUUUCUGCUACCUCUGGUCGUUUUAGAGAGAGCUUGUAUGAUGCAAACUCAAAUUUCCAAAAAUUUUGAGAGGCACGACUGUUUUCAAAAAACCAAUUUUAGAGGUUGGGACUUAGUUUUGGAUAUGCAGACUGUGAUUGAUUCCAUUUAUCAGUAGCUCACAGAAUAUUUUCCCUAUCGUAGGAACUGGCUGGUGGCCCUUUCUAUCUAGUGUUAACAGGCUCGAGGGACAGAACUCAUUCAUAUUUCAAUGGACUGAUGGAGAUUCCAUGACUGGGUGGUAAUAUAACAAAGGCACUUCACCUUUUUGCCCUGAAGAGGUUUUGAUGAAAGAGCAACAGUCAGUCUUCUAGGCUGGUGGCCCUUUCUAUCUAGUGUUAACAGGCUCGAGGGACAGAACUCAUUCAUAUUUCAAUGGACUGAUGGAGAUUCCAUGACUGGGUGGUAAUAUAACAAAGGCACUUCACCUUUUUGCCCUGAAGAGGUUUUGAUGAAAGAGCAACAGUCAGUCUUCUAGAUGCACACAACAUUGGGAAGAUUGGCUGUAAGUUCAUAUAGAAACACCUCUCUAACUUCAAGGGGACAGGGCAGCCUGACCCAACCACAGCUUUUGAUUUCCUCACUGAGACGAGAAUAAGGUGCCAAGACAGUAAUAGAUCCACCAGUCAGCCUUCUUCUCAACUCAUGGAAUCAUUGGAAAUGAGUGAGUCUGCAUGAAUUCACAGCCAAUCAUUAAAAAGGGGAGAGGACUCCUUUUUGCUAAUCAGCAGUAGCUGGCUAAUGAGAAGACCGCAAGACUGGUAAGGGCUUAUGCUUCAGAUGACAGAUCAACCGCUAGACUGGACUUUGCUUGGGCAAUGACGAAGAUACCAGGGAAUAAUGUUUUGGAUGGAUCUCAAGGUCAGGUCCAACGGAACUGCUCCUUGCCUUUUGUCAGUUCUUAAAGUGACAAUCUUGACCAUAAUGAACUCUUGACAUCUUUAUUUUUUCAUACAAGCUUCUCCUUAAGUUCAAUGUUUGAUUGUAGUAGCAAUGACUUCUACAUUUCUUGCGUGUACUAAUUUGAGUCUAUAUAUAAUGGCAACGGCAUAGAGUAGAGAUA